ACCCCUCUGCAACGAGCGCGAGCGGUGCGAUUUGAGCAACAUCCGCGGCACGCGACUGUGAAACCCCUUCAGACCAUAGACUGUAUAAAUAGAUUUAAACGGAGAGAUUUCAUCUUUUUGGCAACAGUUCCAGUCCUGGAUAUGUCGUCGUUUUACGAAAAGGUUGCAUGUGAGUACAAUUCUAAGCGCGCGCCGUUUGUAACACUGUUUUUAAGAAGGUUGGUGAAGAUGCUCUACUCGGUGCGAGGAUUCUGAGCCUGCUCUGCUCACCUGUUAGGAAAAAUCACGUAAACACUUAGAGGAAUAAAUCCACGGUGAUGGAGCAAAUGGAGGGACGCACGGGUGAACAGGACUCCGCGGAUGCUGCUGCUGUCAUCAUCGUAGAGAAUGAAGCGGAGAGCAUGCAAGUGCACAGUGAGGGAAAGUCCGAUACAACCGAGCAGAAUGACCUGGACACCUGCCCCGUUUGUUGUCUGAACUUUCACAGUCGAGAGCCCAAACUUCUGCCGUGUCUUCACUCCUUCUGCAAGAAAUGUUUGCCUCUACCCUCCAGGAAUUUGGCCAUGACAGAGGCGCCGAACUCACAGGUUGACAGCAGGGCGACCAAACCACUGAAUGUAAUCCGCUGCCCAGUGUGCAGACAGGAGUGUAUGGAGGUAGAUGUGAUGGAGAACGUCUUUGUAAAAGACUGGGUGGAGGCUCCCAGCAGCACAGUGGAGAGGACUGUCCAGCUCUGUAUGACCUGUGAUGACAACACUGAAGCAGCCGGGUUCUGUGUGAACUGUGUCGAGUACCUUUGUGCCACCUGUGUGGAGGCCCACCAGAGAGUCAAGUUCACCAGGGAUCACACCAUCCGGCAGAAAGCAGGAGCAACACAAGAGGUCCCUGGUGGGUCCACUCUGAGGCCGAUGUUCUGCGAUGUCCACAAACAAGAACCACUGAAGCUGUUCUGUGAGACCUGUGACCUGCUAACCUGCCGGGACUGCCAACUGGCCAAACACAAGGACCACAACUACCAGUUCCUUGAAGAUGCUUAUAACAACCACAAACAGCACAUGGAGAGCUUGACCCAGCAGCUGCAGGAGAAAAAGAAACUGAUUGAGGAGGUAUCAAACUCCAUAAACAAUGGACUCCUUCAGGUUGAUCAGAACCGCUCGUCUGUUCAUAAUGAAAUAAAGAAGUCCAUCUGCACUUUGAUUCUGGAGAUAAACAAAAAGGGCAAGAUGCUGCUUAAUCAACUUGAGGCUGUAACAAAGGAUCACGAGAGUGUCUUGCGGAAACAACAAGAGGACAUCAGCUAUCUGUCCAGACACCUGGAUCACGUCAUCAAGUUCACCAAAUGGGCCACAGCCAGGAGCGGGGGCACGGCGCUGUUGUACUGUAAACGCUUGAUUCUGUUUCAGAUUGGAAACCUCCUGCGGGCAAAAUGUAGUACCUCAUUUAUACCACAGAGCACCGCACGCUUCCAGUGUCGAGCUGCCUACUGGGCCUCAAAUGUUGAUCUGGGCUCUUUAGUGAUGGAGAGUGUGCCAGGCCCCCAACUGGGUGGAUGUCAGGGUAUCCCUCACCAUCUUUCCCACCCCGGGCAGGCCCCCUCAGGCUCACCCCAAAGCUUUGCCCCGGGAGCUCCCCAUAACACUCUGGCUCAGCUCCAAAUGCAGGUGGAUAAGCUGAACCCGCAGGUCCACUGGCAGCCCCAACCACCUCCUCCUCCCUGGACGUGGUACCAGAGCGUCCGUCUGCAGAGAACCAUCCCAGGGACCCUACACGGAGGCUCUCCGUCCCACAGUAUACAGCCCCAAACAGGACGCAGGUUUAUGGUGCCUGCCCCCAACCACGUCAGCCCAACUAGCAGCUUACCGAGCCCUGGGUUUACGCCCCAGCCUCUGGGGAUGACGGGAAGCAGCCCCAGUUAUCAACCCAAGCCUGUGGACGUGCUCUCCUCUUCACCUCUGUACAGCCACAUAACACCUGUGCCCAUCAGUGGGGGCGUCAGUUCAUCUCAGUCCAGGCACACGAUUGAGCCUGCAUACCUGAAUAGGACGAAUGAGUCCGGUGGUCCAAUGUGUAUGCUGAAAACAAAUUAUCCUCAGAGCCUGCUGCCUACUCUACCACAUAGAAAUGUGCAAGGACAGCAGUAUUCACCAGGGUACGCUGCUGUAUCCCAGGAGGAGAAACCAGGGUCUGUUUCCUGGAAACCUCCAGAAACACACCAGGCGAGUGGAGCAGUGGGAUCAGCUGCCAAGAGAAGACGAAGGUCCUCAGUAGGGCCAAUCAUAGUCAUAAAAGAUGAGCCGGAUGAUGACAGUAGCUAUGUCCUUCCAAACCAAAGAGCCAGCCUCCCUGAUAGCACAGGUGACCAACCUCAUACCUGUGCCCAAGGCGAGCCGAACAAAAUCCUAACUCCUCUUCAAAGCACUGACGACAAACGUCACCGCCCAAACAGCCUCAGGGACCAGAGUAAGACCAAUGCUCUAAAUCCCAUCCCCUUACUGGGUGGAGAACAGCAGGCAGACCAGCACCAAGCUCCACUGGAAGCCUCUAAUGAAGCUGUGUGUGCUGUGUGCCGGACUGGAGGAGAACUGCUGCGCUGCAAAAAGUGUCUCAAGGAGUUUCACCUUUCGUGCCACGUUCCAGCUCUCCUCAAAUCUCCCAGCGGGGAUUGGCUUUGCUCUCUCUGUCGUGACCUAUUAGUGCCUGGGAUGGAGUAUGGAAGCAAACCUGAAGCCAAAACAGUGAAGACAGAACCUGAUUCUGAAGGAGGAUUGUCCCCUGUGGACAAACUAAAGUGCGAGAAGCUGUUGCUGCUCUUGUUUUGCAGUGACCUGAGCCCAAGCUUUAAAAAACCUGCAUCACCCCCCUCGCUAUGUGCUAAUGACAGGCUGACUAUAAGGGGACCAGUGAAGCUCUGCACUGUGAAAAAACGACUGGAGGCUAAACAGAGUGUGUGCUACCACAGCCCUGCAGAGUUUGUAUUAGACAUCCGGCUUGUCCUUGGGAACUGUACGAGUGAGGAGGCUGACACAGAGGUUUUCAAAGCAGGCGUGAAGCUGAAGGAUCUGUUUGAAGAGCAUUUGAAAACUACCUUCCCUGAUCAGACCUUUCCAGAAAUCAAACUUGAGAUGAGUCCCGCUGCCCCUCCUCACUCUCAGCUCUCAUUCCUUCACAAUGUGUCCCCUCCUGCAAAGCGCCAGCGCACGUGUUCAGACUCCCAGGAUACACUGAGCUGCCCCAGUGGAGAGCAGGGAGUCGUAUGAAGCAACAUUUGUGAUGCAAAUUUACUUUCAAGUGUCAUCAAAGGGUUUUAUAUGUUUGACUAUUAAAUUAUACUGCAAGCAAACUUUGAUAAAAGAUAUACUUGUAAAAGCACCUUCAGUCUCCGGCUGAAUGGUGAAGUUUAGAAUUUGGAUUCAUGCAGAAGUAUGUGCAUGCAGCUCCUUUAUGUGUUUACAGGGUGGAACUAACUGGAAAGUGUGGUUUGUUACCAGUUUGAUUUAUCAGUUUUCUCUUACCAAGUUAUAAGACUUCUCACAGAACACGUCAGGUGACUGACACAGCUAAUUACUGGGUUGUUCAGGUCUGGUGUGUUCUUCCUGCUAAGCUCUGUGUUUGAUAUUGUUUGCUGUCUAUUGAGGAUAAGGAUUUGUUCCAAAGUUAUUUUGGGGCAAGUAAAAUGGUAACAAGCUAUGUGUUAACACCACUAACUGUUUACGAUGUGCCAUUUUUACUCAUUUAAACUCAUUUAAGUGCAAAAGUGCAGAUUUAAUGUUACACAGGUAAAUGUUAAGUUGUGUUUUAAAGCUAGGGUUGGUAGCCACGGAAAACUAGCAUGAAUUUGAAUGUAGCAUUUCCGCGGGACUCCAUCUAACCCCUCCCCCCCUCCCCUCGGAGCUCCUCUAAAACGCCGCCCCCGCUCACAUGCAUGAGUGCCGCUGAUUCAUGACCAUAUGAUGGUGACUGAUUCAAAACCGGUCCUCAGCACGUCGUUUGUGUUUUGCACCACUUCAACUCAUGUCUCACUCAACAGUAAGAAAACACCAAAACAUUACCAUAGUGAAAGUUAGAAACACAAACAAACAUGAAAUGUAUGCACAGGAGGCGGGCAGAACGGCAGGAUGGGAUUUGAUUGGUUUCAUAAAUUGGCUCCUGAUGGCAGGGAUUGGUUGGUGUUUUCCCAGGUUUACUCCGGCUGUAGAUAGCGGCUUUUUUUUCCGCUCUUUUUUAGGAACACAUUAUGUAUUGAUUGUUAUCUGGACAUAAAGAUAAUUUUAACCAGUAUAAUAAAAAGUAUUUCUAAAUCUGACUACCAACCCAAGCUUUAAUGUUUAUUUAAAGAAAACCUGUCAUUGUGAAGAGCUUAGCAUAGACUUUUUUUCAAAGUUAAUUCUGAAACAGUAAUAUCACCAUUUUGAACUUUUGAUUUUUUAAUCUGAGAGCCAGAACCCAGAACCAAAAACCUGCUUGCGUAGGAGGGAAGUUUGAGGUGUUUACAGGGUAGAAUAAAACACAAUUUUGUUCAAUGGAUAUUGAACAUACAGCUCUUUACCUCAUAACUUCAUGUAAGUUUAUGUACAUUGAAAAUUGUUGAAAAAGAAUCAAUAAAAAGCUUCUUAUCA